GUAAGCCUGGGUGUAGCCAAUGGAAGCAGAGAUAGCCGAAUGAUUGCACAGCAAGUCCCAUGCCAUCUGAGAGGUGUAGGUGUCCUGCUCAUUCUCAAACCUAUCAUCAAGGUUCAGGACAUGCUUCUUGUGGAAGAACAACAGACUAUGCCUUUGAGAUGGCCUGCUCAAACAUUAGAUAUGGAGAAGGCGUUACCAGAGAAAUUGGCAUGGACCUCCAGAAUCUUGGGGCCCGGAAUGUCUGCCUGAUGACGGACAGGAACCUGUCCCGCCUCCCUCCCGUGACGGCUGUUCUGGACUCCCUGGCCAAGCAUGGUGUCGCCUACAAGUGUUACGACAAGGUGCGCGUGGAGCCCACGGACACCAGUUUUAAGGAAGCCAUAGAUUUUGCAAAGAAAGGAUCUUUUGAUGUGUAUGUUGCCGUGGGCGGGGGCUCAGUGAUUGACACCUGCAAAGCAGCCAAUCUCUAUGCCUGCCACCCGGAAGCAGACUUCCUGGACUUUGUGAAUGCUCCCAUUGGACGGGGAAAGCCAAUCACCCAGCCGCUGAAGCCAUUGAUCGCAGUGCCUACGACAGCUGGCACAGGAAGUGAAACAACUGGUGUGGCCAUUUUUGACUUUGAAGCUCUGAAGGCAAAAACCGGCAUCGCCAGCAGGGCCAUCAAGCCCACGCUCGGGAUGGUGGAUCCGCUGCACACUCUGCACAUGCCCCAGAGGGUGGCGGCCAACAGCGGCUUCGACGUCCUGUGCCACGCCCUGGAGUCGUACACGGCUCUGCCCUACAACCUGCGCAGCCCCUGCCCCCCCAACCCCAUCAGCCGUCCCGCCUACCAGGGCAGCAACCCGGUCAGCGACGUCUGGUCCCGUCACGCCCUGCACGUCGUGGCCAAGUUCAUGAAACGGGCGGUGAGAGACCCUGACGAUUUGGAGGCCCGGUCCAACAUGCACCUGGCCAGUGUCUUUGCAGGGAUCGGAUUCGGGAACGCUGGCGUCCACCUAUGCCAUGGGAUGUCCUACCCCAUUGCAGGAAAUGUGAAGACCUUCACAGCCAAGGACUAUAACGUGGAGCACCCCAUAGUGCCUCACGGCCUGUCGGUGGUGCUGACCUCCCCUGCGGUCUUCACCUUCACUGCCUCCAUGUGUCCAGAGCGCCACCUAGAGGCGGCGCAGAUACUGGGGGCAGAUGUGAGCAACGCUAAGAGAGAGGACGCGGGACGGGUGCUGUCAGACGCCCUGCGCCAGUUCCUGUACGACCUGGAAGUGGAAGAUGGCCUGGGAGCAAUCGGCUACACGAAAGAGGACAUACCUGCACUGGUGCAGGGAACUAUACCUCAGGAGAGGGUGACCAAACUGUCCCCGCGAUCGCACACGGAAGAGGACCUGGCCGACCUGUUUGAGGCGUCUCUGAAGAUAUACUGAGACAAUCGUAGGCCCGGAUGCUGCGCUGUGAUUGGCUCUCUGCUCAUGACCCCAGUCACCAAUCAGCAGUCACUCGCAAGGCAUCAUGACACAGAGAGCCAUCUCUAAUUUUUUCUCUUUUUUUAAUUGUGGUGUCGGGGGGGGUGAGGUCAGAGGUCAGGUAUGAUUGUCAUGGCUGUGUGGGAGGGGCUUGUGGUUAGGCUCCACCCAGAAUGCUCCAUUUAAGCUCUCCUCACACACAAUCGCACUUGUCCUUUUUAUCAAUAGUACAAUUUAAAACUGUUAGUUUACCAGAGUUUUACCGGUUUUAACUAUUAUCUUCCCUGGGGAAAUAAUGAAGUAAUAUUUUUCUUUUUUGUUCUUUAUCCAAUGAACUUUGAUGGAUCAUCUUCCUUUCAGAGGCACU